GGACAUGCUAAUUCUAAUCACUCUUUCUCGUGUCUGUAUAACUUGGACAUAGAUAACUCUGCUUAUCCAUUCUGCCUUAGUUAUCUUAUAUAUUUAUUUUUUAUUCUGCGGCUAAUAGUAGCUAAGGACCUCUUUUGUCAUAAAAUCAGUAAGUAGAAAGAUAUAUAUCUCAUGUAGAUAUGUAACUGUUGAUAAUCAAGCAAAGCAGACAUGCAUAUCUCUUGGACAGAUCCUCAUACCCACUUAUCACAUGGCUUUGCUUCCUUUCUGUAUUCUUGGAUUAGGAUGCCUCGUUAAAGAGGCUGUCUCUAGCUUUGUGAAUAUAUAAACUACCCAUUUCCAUUGCCUCUACGUAGCACAAAAAUACUCCGAAAUCUCAGUGUUCUAAGAUCUAAACACCUUCUCCUUUCUUUUAUAUCAAGAUCUUCAACCUUCAUUUUUAGAUUAUAACAAGAUGAUCAAUGCUAAGAAGCUUAUCAGACUAGCAAGAAAAUGGCAGAAAUUGGCUGCUCUUAAGCGAAAAAGAAUCACAAUGCCAAGAACUACUGUGAAUGUGGAUGCAGACAGUUGUAGCACAUCGAAGGCGGUUGAGAAGGGGCAUUUUGUUGUUUAUACUAAUGAUCAGAUGCGCUUUGUGCUUCCUUUAGAAUAUCUUAACAAUGAGAUAGUCAGAGAACUGUUUAAGCUGGCUGAAGAAGAGUUUGGAUUGACAAGCAAUAUGCCUCUUACUUUGCCUUGUGAUGCAGUAUUUCUGCAAUAUAUCAUUGAUUUGAUCCAAAAACAAGUAACCAAGGAAGUUGAGAAAGUGUUGCUUAUGUCCAUAGCCAGCAGUCAUUGUUCAUCGUCAUUGUAUGCCCGCCAAGCAGAUGCAAGUCAACAAAUACUUUUCUGCAGCUUUUAAAACACAUUUGCUUUGAUUUUGCAAUUGAUCCAAAUACAUGUACAGAUAUUGUAUUUAGCCAAUAUUCAAUGAGAAAUAUAACACUCUUCAUUUCUUCCAA